CGACGCGCCGUCCACCUGUUUGCAGGCACACGCCGACUCGACCGACCCAGCGACGAGACGACGGAGACGUUCGUGCAGCAAACACGCGCAGCAUUCCUGUACGAGUCUCGGGACGACGUCGCAUUUUAAGUUUUUCGCUCGCGUGCAACUUAUCAUCGGACGUGUCGAUUGUUUUUUCAGUUUGUGCCUUAUUUCGCGUUCACACGAGUGUUUAAACCAUUUCCAGUGAUUAUUCAAAUAAUUCAAUUCUUACAUUUCUGAUUGUGAACUUCCACAAAAUUCUAGUACAAAAUACUCGGCGACAACCUCAAGCCCACCACCUCCACUCAUUCCAACGACGGAUACGCAGGAAUCACGAUAGGAAUCUGACCGGAUUUCGAGAAGGAUUGAGCGUUUGUAUCGCUACGGGUGUCUGCAUGCGGUGACUUAUAGCCAAUGAAUAAUUUAACGUAAGGUGCGCCUGAAAACCGACGAACCGAAGAUGCAGCACGUUUCGGAUUCACCGCAGCAAUUCUGCCUUCGAUGGAACAACUACCAGAGCAACCUCACCAACGUCUUCGAUCAGCUGCUGCAGAGCGAGUCGUUCGUCGACGUGACACUCGCCUGCGAUGGACAUUCGGUGAAGGCGCACAAAAUGGUCCUGUCCGCGUGCAGUCCGUACUUUCAAACGCUCUUCUUCGACAAUCCGUGUCAGCAUCCGAUCGUGAUUAUGCGCGACAUCAAGUGGCCCGAAUUGAAAGCGGCCGUGGAGUUCAUGUAUAAGGGCGAGAUCAACGUGUCGCAGGAACAGAUUGGCCCACUGCUGAAAGUUGCCGAAUCAUUGAAGAUCCGCGGGCUAGCGGACGUCAAUGGGGAGCAGGACGUGGUCGGUGCCUCGCCGGAGAUCACCAGCACCAGAACAUCGGUAAAACAGUCGCCGGCAACAGUGUUGAGUGGGCCGGAAUGGGAAGCACGCGACGCGCCUGCAAGCCGCGAUGGGCAGCAGGCGGGCGAGAAUGGUCAAAGGGCAAAGAAACGUCGUCGUCCUUCUGGCGAGCGUUCUAGUAUCAGUAGUCCGGCCGAGAGCGCCAGUACUGGCAUUCCCGAACAACCCGCUUCAGUUGAGAUGAGUCCGGCUCCGCCGGCGACGCCACUGCCGGCCUCCUCAGCCGGUGGUGGAGUGAGCGCCGACCCACUGCCACUGAACAUGACCGCGCUACCACCACAACCGCAGAUUUCCCACGCCACCGACGAUCUCGAGAUCAAACCAGGCAUCGCGGAGAUGAUUCGAGAGGAAGAAAGGGCUAAAUUAUUGGAAUCUUCACACGCAUGGCUUGGCGCAUCAACUUCAUCGAUUGCCGCAGACAGCUACCAGUACCAGCUGCAGUCCAUGUGGCAGAAAUGCUGGAACACGAACCAGAGCCUCGUCCACAAUCUGCGCUUCCGCGAACGUGGCCCGCUGAAAUCCUGGCGGCCAGAGACGAUGGCUGAGGCGAUCUUCUCGGUGUUGAAGGAAGGACUGUCUCUGUCCCAGGCAGCACGCAAAUACGAUAUUCCGUAUCCAACGUUUGUUUUAUAUGCAAACCGUGUGCACAACAUGUUAGGUCCGUCGGCCGAUGGAGGUUCGGCAGAUUUAAGACCCAAAGGACGGGGGCGACCACAGAGGAUUCUUUUGGGUGUCUGGCCGGACGAGCACAUUCGUGGUGUAAUCAGAGCAGUAGUAUUCAGAGAUUCGCAUCAGAUCAAGGAAGAACCCCAUAUUGCUUACCCCCGCAUUCAUGACGGAGUCAGUAGCGUCCAGAACUAUCCCAGUAACAAUUGCAGCAAUGGAUCAGACCCGAAUGUUUCUCCAGGGGCAGCUGCAGCAGCAGCUGUAGCCGCCGUCGCCCAUGGUCUUCGACAACAAAUGUGCAGCAUGGUAGCGGCGGCACAGCACGCUAGCACGGCGCACGAUACUAACCCUGUCGCGAGUCUCGUGAACUCGCUCGCUCUCGCCGGCCACUGUGGCUCUGUGUCACUGCCCAGUAACGGCAUCCCGCCGAUGAGCAUCAACCAGAUGACAUCGAUGAGCCAUAUGACUUCUAUGCGAAUGGCUUCGCCGGCCGGCAGCAUUCAGGACCUGCGAAUCAGCCCCGCCGGCUCCGGCCUGGAAAGUCCUAUUGCAUCUCCGCUUGGCCUCACAGUUUCCAGCAGCAUGGACGGCGCAUUGAAUCUUGGAAUGCCGAACAAUAUGGAAGUCGGCAUAGGCUCUGGCAUGACGUACAAGCCGAAUCGCUCUAAUUUUACGUCGCCGCGGCCUGAAAAUCUCUUCCAAGAGGACAUCGAUGAGCUAGUGAAGCCGAUUCACGCAAACACACCAUCGCGCCCCAAAGACGCUAUGGCUUCCAUUAAAAUGGAACCAAUGACAGAAUGUCGAGGCGAAUGAAUGCAAGCCGUUUUAAAAUGUAAUGUGAUAAAUUAUUAUUAAUAUGCGACCCUUGCGUGCCACUCAGCUGUGCACAUGUUUCGCCAACAACAAACGCUCGAAAUGACCCACACGGUUGCGAAAUUAUUACAUUAAAGUGAGGUUUGGAAAAAUGCGAAAUUUAAUGGACAUUACUCAGUUGUUGGUGAAAGGUGGACCACUGACGAGAGGAAGUGCUAAAAGUUCUAUGGUGUCUAACAAUAUAUUUCUUCAUUUAAUUUUAAUUUACUUGUUAAUGUAUUCGAAAUUUUAGAAAAUAGUGCGAAGAAAAAACGUUUUUGGACACUUUUAUAAAAACACAGAAAUUUAUCUAGCCAAAGUUUCGGCCAGUUCUAUGUAUAAAAAGAAGACUGUUGUGUAUAUGUAUACAAUUUUUCUAAAUUCAAAAUUAGAGUGGAUAUUUUCAAAAAUGCUGUAUUUUAAUAAUUAUUUUAUUACGAGAUAAACGUUGAACGUCAAGAAUUCUGAUGCUGCAUUGAAGGAGAAUUGAAUCGAGAAUCACAUCACAUUUAAAACAUCGGGACGUGUACGCCUAACACGAGGAACAUUCCCCCAUUCGCUCUACGACAAUCCUGAAGUAAAACAUAUUUCACACAAAUUACAAUUGAACGUUUUUAUUACUAUCUAUCAUGGAACGAUCGUCUUUUUGUAUUACGCUGUAGAUGGUUUGAGUACAGAGAAUGCUUCUAGAUUAUUAGUGUACUGUACGUAAAUAAUUAGAGAUGACGAAUAUUGGGCACAAGACGAAAUACGCUACAAAACAAAAACGAACAGAUGACACAACCAUUCACUAACAUGGCUGGCUAUAAAUUACAAAUUAAUGCAAUAAUGACGAUAUUCUAAAGUGAGCUUUCUUCGCGCGACGAGCACCUGUACACAGCAUACAAAUUCUUACUUUUUAGUUUAUUUUUUACGCAAUUGUUUAUCGUGUAUAGUUUAGUUAAAUUAUCCUUUUCUGGCUUUUUUAGAAAGUGUACAGAUGCCACUUGUUCUGAAGGCUAAAUUGAUUCAUUUUACUUAACUAUUUAUUAAACGUACUAGUAGAUUUUUCAAAUCAAAUCAAGUAAUGCUUUAUUUUGUUGCGUUGCACGGAGAUAUAGAGAACAAAUUGAUAUACGAAAGUACACCAAAGUCAUUUUUCAUCACACGUGCAAAAUAAAAUUCUCACGUACAAAAUGAAUAAUGGAAAAUUGCAGAGGCCUAAUUGGCGGAAAACUGUUGCAGAAAUGAUGGAAAAUGAACAUAAAGAUACAUUUAAUAGAUACUAACAACUGUUAUAAUUAAUUAAUUGCAUUACUCGAUUGAAUUAUUGUACAUAAAUUAAUGAGCGUAAUGGCGUGUCGAUCGUAUAAAUAUAAAUAUUAUUGAAAAACAAAAUAUUAUGAACGACAUUGAUGAUGAUGAUGAUGAAUUGAUGAUGAUUAUUACAAAUGAAAACUAUAAAUAGAUAGAAUAUAUUAUUAUUAAACAUAAUAUUACGAUAUGCAAAUAAUAUAUAAAUUGCUGCAUUUUAUUAGUGCAAUAAAUUAAUUGGUAUAAAAACUCUGCGUUUGUUCCUUCAGUGAAAUGAAUCGAGAACGCAUAAGACACGGAUCAUUGAGAAAGGACCGUACAACAAGAACGCAGGAUACAAAUAAAAUAGGUCAGUUUUUAAUCAGUAUUUCAACUGGUCUCUGAACAGAUGUAUACAUAAUAUUUAUUUUAGUUUCUAAUUAAUUAUAUUGUAAUUAAAUUAAUUCGAUAUGAAGUGAAGCUUAAGAAAGAAAAUCGAUUGUAUCAUAAGUAUUGUAAUAGCGCUUUAUUAGCUUCGGUGUUAUAUUCGAGUUUGGUCGAUAUGAACAGUUCAGUAUUGACAUUUCAAUUGACCUUUUGAGCAUAUAAUAUAAACGAUUAAUUGUAAAUCAAAAUUACUUAAUAUAUAUAAAUGAAAUUUGUGAGAAUCGGCGGAAAUUCGUUAUCGAUAACCAAGCGAAGCGCAAGUUUGCUUUAGAUUUUUCCUAUUCGUUUAAUGAAUUUGCGACUUUAUUAAGUUAUUAUUAUUAUGUUAGAUUAGUUUCGCUAUGCCAAAUGUAUCAUAUAUGUUAUAAUGUUGCGACAAGUAACAAAUAGUAAACUACUUGUAGGUGUUGUGUAUGUAAAACGAUAAGAAAAACCACAAAAACUUUAAAGAGAACAAGUGUAGUGCAACUGACUGUGAGAACAUUUGAACAACAUUGUUAAUAACAAACAAUUAUACAGUUACAUAAACGUAGCACUCUGAGUAACGAGAUACUGUAUAAUGAACAGCUAUACAUUUCUUCAUGUUAGUCUUGAAGUACAUAUGAAGAUACCGCAAUUCAAAUUCGUGAACAAGAAAGGCGAAGAGCGACAAGGCGAUGAAUUAAAUUAUUUUUGUGAUUUGUUUAGAUGAUAAAAAGAGAGCAAAUGAAGGUAGCAUGUGAAAUAAUGUACAAAAUUUAUUAAUUAUCUUACAUUACAAAUUAAUUUGUAAAUUUAGUAAAUACGAUUAAGGAGACUUAGGAGAUGCAACAUACAAACACACACACGGUCGAAACAAGCGGGGGAGAUGAAGAAAAUUAUAUGCCUUCCUGCCAUUUAAGGGUCUACCAGGCUUUUAUUUAAUUGUAUUAUAUUGUGGCGUCGUGAUAAUGUGAAACAAAAUUGUAUUUUCAAAAAAGUGGCCUUUGAAGUUUUGCUUUCGAGCUUUCCGACAUAGAUCGAGCGCGUUAACAAGAAAAAUUGAAUGUUUGGCUCCUGCAAAAUUAAAACGCCCAGUUUCAUCUCUUCUUGUGUUCUAUAGAAAUUUUAGACUUCGGCGUAGUAAUGUGUUGCGUUUGAAAAUUUUUGACUAGGCUUUCAUGUGUUCAAAAGUCAAGUAGUAAGUGCCUUCCAAAAAUGAAACAUGAGAAAAAAAACUAUGUGACCACUUAUAAGUCAACCGAGUUACUAAAUUUGUAAAUUAACGGAGAAAAAUCGAAUCUCAUGACAAAAUUAUGUAUUUCGAUGUGUUACGGUGUGGUAUUACCCUGAAUGGCAUGUUUUUUGUUUCGUUUCAUAUCUGUACAAAAAUUACAAUUUAUAAAAAUACGAUUAAGGGAUCUAAGCAUAUAUGACUUAAAUUAUUACAUUGAUGAUAACUCAUAAAUCGAAACAAGCAAAUUGCGCGAAAGUGAUGUGAAAUUGGCAUUUUAGAUUUUUUAGAAGACAAAAUUUAAAAUUAUUAAUGAUAAAAAUUGCUGAAGAGAAUUUGGACAUUAAACUAGCUAUAAACAAACUAUUGUGAGGACUCCAAAAACUUCAGGACAAAGCUUUAUUUAACGUAACAAAAAUUAAACCAUUUAAUUCAAUGGAUAAGCAUGAUGAAUAAGUAAAAUGAAAUAAACAUAAAAAUAUAGAUCGAUGUUAGUGCAAAAUAUAACAUAGCAUACAUACUAAUUAUAAAAAUAGCCUCUUUAGCCAGUACGCAAUAAUUAUAAUGUUUAUCGGUACAGUUACAGUUGUGCUACAGUUAAAUUUAACAGUUUAGAUGAAACAUGCGGAUCAAUCCGUAUACAUACAAAUAUUGUAAUGUGUAAGCGGUGUUGUGCCCGCAAGAUGGAGCGGGUAUCUCCGCCAAGUCUAUAUUUUGCUCCUUGUUUUCUUAAAAAUGUAAUUCCUUUUUUAUACCUGCAUUAUACAUACAUACUAUUGUCUUAUAGAUGAUUCACAAUAAUUUAUUAUGUCGUUUCAAGUAAUAACGAUAAGCGAUUAUGCACAAUAUUAUUUUAUGUCUGUAUGGUAAAUAAGAAUAAAUUAUAAAAUUUGAAAUAUUA